AUGUCUCCCCUCCUCAUCCUCCUAGCCCUCCUCCUCCUCCCCGCCAUCCUCCUCCUAACAACCUACCUCCUCACCCCCAGACUCCAACAAAACGAACCCCCUCACCUCCCCUCCUCCUUCUCAUUAAUCGGCCACCUCCUCGCCUUCUUCCGUCACGGAGCCAACUAUCUCACGGACCUAGACACGCGGCACAACUCACCCGGGAUCUACACCCUUCCCCUCCUCCCCUGGACCAACAAAACCAACCUCUACAUCAUCAACUCCGCCUCCUGGGCCGUGGCGAUGCAGAAACAUCACCGGCAGACGCUCUCCUUCAAUAUCUUUGCUUCACAAGCUAUGAGCCUCCUCUUCGGCCUAGACGAAACGAGUAUGACGAUUGUGAAGAAUGAUCCCGACGCCGAGGGCAAUAUCUUGGUAGAUCAACACGACCUCCUGUUUUCCGCUUUCACGGACCCAAGUAUCGAGGAGAUCAACACAUCCUUCCUCACAGCCUUCACAGCACACAUCAACAUCUUAGCCACCGCAGACAAAGCAUCGGAGAAGAUCAACCUCUGGCACUGGCUCCGCACCCACUUCUCCCUCGCCUCUACAACCGCCAUCUUCGGCCCCGCCAACCCCCUUACAAUCAACCCCAGCCUAGCCGAAGACGUCUGGAUUGUAGACGACAGUCUGGAUAAACUCCUCACCACCCCGUUUCCAAAAUUCCUCCUCCCCGAAUUCUGGCAGGCGCGGCAGCGGUUAUGGGAGGCGUUUGAAUCGUAUACCGUGCAACACCACGACGAGCAAGGUUCACGGAUAGUGCAGUUGUACAUCCAGAGUGCCAAGGACCAUGGCCUCAGCACGGCGAUGGCGGGACGACAGAGUCUUGGGUUGCUGUUCGCCGCCUUGAUCAACACCGGGCCCGUGGCGUUUUGGACACUAAGCUAUAUCCUCUCCGACCCCACUCUCCUCUCCGAUAUCCGGGUGGAAGUCGAGCGGUGCAUCACAACGGACCCCUCGACCAACACACACACUCUAAGUAUCUCAGCCUUGAGAGCAAAGGCUCCACUCCUCUGGUCUUGUAUGCGCGAGACGAUGCGGAUAGCUGCUACAAUGAACAUAAACCGCUACAUCACCCAGGACACCGAGAUCGUCAAUCAUACUACGGGAGAGUCUUUCGUCUUGAGGAAAGGAGGUGUGGUGACUGUAGCGGCUAAUGUGCUGCAUUUCCGUCCCGAGAUUUGGGGCCAGGAUGUCGCUGAGUUUCGUCCAAGGAGGUUCUUGUCACAGCAUGGUGGUGGUGUGAAAGUCGAUGGGGUUGCGGGCGGUGAGUUCGAGGGGAAGGGGAAGGUGCUGCAUGAUCCCGCUGCGACGUUUCGCGAUGGGAAUGGGAAAUUGCAUCCGGGGGCGUUUAGGACGUUUGGGGGUGGUAACAACAUCUGUCCCGGCCGCCACCUCGCCGCCAACGAGAUCCUCGCCAUCAUCGGCCUCUUCGUCGCGGGGUUCGAAGUGAGUAUGGUGGAUGGGAGUCCGUAUGUCGGGCCUCCGUAUGAGAAGAUGAAGGUGAUUGCGGGCGUGCAUAAACCCGCGCAUGAUGUUGAGGUUUGCGUGAGGAGGCGGGAAGGGUGUGAGGGGUGCUUAAUCAUACACACCCAAACGCUGUGCUCCUCGCCUGAGAGCAUGUGUAACAUACAAUACAAGCCAAGCAUCUCGAUCCUCGGGCACAAUGAUAAGCUACCCCUUCUUCUCCUUCUCAGCAAAAUCCGACGCCUGCAUAUUCCGCGUCAUACUCGGCAACCGCACCACCAACCCAUCCAACUCCUUCCUCAUGGAGACCUGACACCCCAAGCGACUCGUCUCCGUCAGUCCAAAGGCAAGAUCCAACAUGUCAUUCUCAUCAUCACUGGGUUCCUCCAUCUUGUCGUACAUCUCCUCCCCUUCCACAAUAACAUGGCAGGUCGAGCAGGCGCAGGAGCCGCCACAGGCGCCUUCCAUUUCCAGGUCGUGGGCUUGGGCUAUGUCGAGGAGGUUGUUGCCGUCUGCUACGGUGAGGGUGGUGGGACGCAGGUCCUUGUCUAUGAAGGUUAUGCUGCGUUCGUUUCCUGGCGUUGGGGGAAUGAGGUCGUUGUGUAG